AUGUCUCAAGACAUCCUAGCAUUGUUAUCGAAGUUUGCAGCUAACCCUGAUCUCCUCCCACAGUUCCAGGCGUUCCUUGAGGCACAGGGCGCCGCAAAGUCAUCAGUCCCUGAGUCUGGCCCACCCGCGGGCCCAUCGAUCCCCAAUGCGGAAGAGACACGAGGCCAACCAACCACACGUAAUCAGUGCUCGACACCUUGUCACCUCCCCGGCGCUCUAUCAAGGAUCACAAAAACACGCAAAAUCCAUAUCCUUCCCCUUCCGUCAAUACUUCCAUUCGGCAUUCUUACCACUCCGACUCUCGCUCUCUCACUCACAAUCAUGCUCGUUCUCCAGCUCGUUCUCCAGCUCAUUAUCCGGCUCGUUCUCCCACUCGUAAUCGUACUCGGUCUCCGGCUUUCGAUCGUGCCCGGUCUUGCUGUCGUGAUCGUGGUUGCGCCCGCCCCCACUCCCGCUCCCGUUCUCGCUCUUGCUCUCGGACCCGUUCUUGCUCUCGCUCUCGGACCCGUUCUCGCUCUUGCUCUUGUGUCCGGUCUUCUACUCACGAUUGCGCCCCCGCCCGCUCCCGCUCUCAAGAGGGCCCUUAUCAUCACUCCAGCAACCAGCCUACCACUGAGACCAAGAAGCCAAGGGGCUGGGGCAAAGCAGAUUAUUACGAUCAAAUGCCGACAUCUUAUCAGAAAGGAGGCGGGUGCCAAGGUCAUCAAAGCCACUUUCCUCGAGCGCAUGUCCCGCCAGGAGGCACACAAAUUUAUAGUCAAGCAUGGUCACCCUUUUGGACACAAAUACAACAUGUACUUUAAUCCAUACGGAUAUGUGCCCAAGGAUCCAAAGGCGGUUGCGCGCAUACAUCAGCCCCCUGGUGAGUGUGGUGUUGACUGGCAGCUACUCUAUGCAAUGGGUUGCCGCGGAGACUAUGACUUGUAUAACAGCACGCGGGGAAAGAUCCGGGCUGUGGCGAAGGCAUUCGCAUGUAGGAUUGUGGAGCGCAGGCAGCUAGAAACAAUAACUUGGGGUGACUUUGGUUCAAGCGAUCGCAAGGAGUUCUAUGAUGGAUGUUAUAAAGCUUGUCCAUGGCUCUUCCAUUUCCGGGGCGAGGCGAACGACGACUGCUGGGUGGCUCGAUUGGUCAUCCAGCAAUAUUUAGUUCAGGCCAAGGGAUACGACCCAAAGCGAACAAAACCCAGGGAACAGGACGACAAUCUUCGUCGGAAUGCAUCCAAACUUGCGCAUAAGGACGUAAUCCCACCCAAGGACGAGGACCCGUACUAUAUCAAUGUGCCAGAAGGGGGCUACGGCAAUGGGCCCAAGCGGUUGGCGAAAUUCAAGCGCUCUGAUUCACCCUCUUGCGGGCGAUCCUUGUCCACCCAACUGCCUCCCUCGACUUCGUCCUCGAAUCGCCACGCUCGUCGGGCAGACAAGGUCGUUUCGGAGGAAGAAGCUCGCGCUACGGCGUCCAAGUCCAGCGCAUCAACAACGAAGCCUGCAGCACAGCAGGGAAAUAAGCAAAAGGCAAGUGUUGGAGAGCCCGCUGCAAACGCAAAUUCCCCGCCCCCGGCAAGCCCCCCGUCCCUCGACUCCCCCAGAGACCGCCCAUCCCCGUCUCCGCCCCAGGAUAGCCCCCCGUCCCCGUCUCCGCCCCCACCCCCGGCAAGGUCCCCAACAAAGACGCCUCGCUCAAUCGUUGAGGUGGUUCUUCGGUCGCCAGCCCCGGUCAAACCCAUGGAGCCCUGCCGAAAGGAGCCGUCAAAGCCUGCCGCCGACCCCAAAGAAACGCGGCGACUGAAGCGCAAGGCCGAAAACGAUCGAGAUGAACCUGCCACAAAGAGGCAGCAGCCAAGCCGCGUCGUGGAGCCGGCCGUGGACAAGGAUGCCGGGGAGCAGGGGCCAUCGAAGCGAAAGAUUCGUCCAAGAAUGCGCCCGAAACGCGAUCCCACCCCCGAACCCGAACCCAAGUCCCAGCUCCCCCCACCCCCACCCCCGCCUCCGAAUCCGCCCCAGCAGCCCCAGCCCCAGCCCCAGCCCGAGGGAGGUAAGGAACAUCCCGAUGGUGGAGACGGUGCCUCAUCCACCAAGCCCUCGGCCCCCAAGCCACGUGAGUCGACGCCUGCUCCCGAUUCACCGCCCACUCCCAAGCAGACCAAGAGAGGGCGAUCCAGGAAUAUACCCGAUGAGGAGAGCCGAGUCGUCAAAGUGACGAAAAUGACGAUACGCACUCGCCGUGAUGGACUUCGCACCCGCGAAUGA